GCAUCGUGGCGCGCUUGCCGGCUUGUUUACAAUCAAAUCGAUUAAUACAUAAUUCUAGUAACUCUGUCCAACAAAUUUCUUUGAAUUUCUUUCAAUCAUGAGCAAAGCACAUCCUCCUGAGCUGAAGAAAUUCAUGGACAAAAAACUCUCUCUGAAAUUGAACGGAGGGCGCUAUGUGACUGGCAUUUUGAGAGGUUUCGACCCUUUCAUGAACUUGGUCGUAGACGAAAGCGUUGAGGAAACAAGAGAAGGACACAAGAAAAACAUUGGAAUGGUGGUCAUCCGAGGCAAUAGCAUUAUAAUGCUGGAGUCUCUGGAUCGGAUUUAGCUAACCGUUGAUGGUACCUUUACUUUCUUGUGUGGAUGAGAAGAAAAUGCAUUUCAACCCAUUUGUUAAUGAUUGCGUUAUUGUAGAAUUAAGUUAGACAUAUUAAGAUAAAUAAAGAACAAAAUGUAA